AGUCAUCCCAGCAGCAGCAGCAGCAGCAUCAGUGUGUGUAUCUGUGAGCGCGAGUGUGUGUGUGUGUGUGUGUGAGUGUGAGUGUGUGUAGAGUGGCUACAAACGGGGGGGGGAUCUGGACACCCUCUCUCAAUUGAAUAGGACCCUCCGCAGGCAGGCCGUGCUGUUUACCCCUCUCAAUGUGCUGUCUACCAAAUGGAAGCAGAGGUGUUGAGCCCCCAGAUGAUGGCAGACGUCAAUGGCAACAAUAAAAUCACCAACGCGGAGCUGGAGGUGCUGAAGCUCCAGGAGCUGGUCCGAAAAUUGGAGAAGCAAAACGAACAAUUGCGGACGCGAGCGAACGCCGUAAACAAUUGCUCCGUCGGCCCUCAUCUCCAGACCUCGUUGUCGUGCCUGCGCGGCGGUGCGUCGUGUCCGGGCGACAGCUUCUCCGCCAAAUACGGCACCUCGAGCCCGACACAGCCGCAUCCGUGCGCCCUCGGACCCAGAGGAGGCUCGGUCGAGGAGCCGUUCGCCUAUUUUCAGCCGAGCUCGGUGUCUCCCGACGCCGCUGGCGGCGAGGACAGCGGCGUCGCGGGAGCCACAACUGUUCUGGACGAGGUUGAGAUUUUGGACCUGAACGUCGUGCUGCCGGUCGGAGAGCCUGAUAGCUGGCUGUAUGUGAGUCCCAAAGCCAAGCUGCAUGGUGAGAGUAUCCUCAGCCCUCUCCAGUGGUGCAGGCAGGUACUGGACCGCCCGGGGCCCGAGGUGGAGCUGGCCAAGAUGACCCUCUGUCACAGACUGGACCAAGCUAAGCGGAGGCGUGGUGUCUCCUCCGUUCGUCCAUACAGCUGCAUAGAGGGACUCUCCACCCUCAGCUGCCCCGUCCUGCCUUACUCUAAGUCUGCUGCACUAAUCGAGUCCCCAGCCCCAUUGCCAUCACCAGGUCCGUCUUACCUCCAGCCGACUCUUCCACUCAGGCCCACCUGCAGCCUCAGUGACAGAGCGCCCACCUUCCUGUCAAACUCCACUCUCCACAAUGUGGGCCGUCGGCACGCUGCCAUCAGCCCCCAGUCUUCCCUGGACAGUGAGGUGGGUGUGUCAGAGCUGGAGGAUGACACCAUCUCGAUGAGCUACAAACUGCAGGACAUGACGGAUGUGGAGGUCAUGGCACGACUUCAGGAGGAGAGUCUCCGACAGGACUACGCCUCUACCUCAGCCACAGCCACAGCCAGUCGUCGCAGCUCCAGCUUCUCCUUACACUCCAUCAGACGCAGUGAGAUGGAUCUGGAGGAGGAGGACGAGGAAGACGAGGGCUAUGACCAGCUCCCUCCUCCCCAGCCUAGACUGUUCCGCACAGGUUCUAUGCAGCGGGGCAGCCUGCCCCACUCUCACACCUUCUCCAGUAUCAGAGACUGCAGACGCAGCUCAGCCUCCCCUCAGUUUUCACUCAGUGGACUCUCGCAGUACUCUGGACCCUCCAGCCUGACCGCAGACACACACACAGCGUACAGGAAUAGCACAGACAAGCUACGGCGAAGCAUGCCCAACCUGAUCCGAGCUCCCAGCAUGCCCAGUGUUCCCAGUAUUCCAUGCCUGGCUUCCCCCAUCAACCCACCCUCCCACGGCCCCUCCUCCUUGCCAACGAUAUCCUCCCUCCGGAGCAGCCAGAGCUUUGACUCGUCCAGUGGGCUUGCGCGACUCCAGUCCUCCAUUCCCUCCCCAGGGCAGCUCAGUCAGCGGGUCCAGAGCGUGGGGAACUUCCCAACCACUCCCCGACACCCGCUAAAAGCCACAGCCUACGUAAGCCCCACCGUGCAGCAGGGCCCCACUUCCACCCCCCUGUCCACCUCCAUCAGUCUACACUCCAUCCCCAGCAGUGCUGCGCUGCCACAGCCCCUCAAACCCAGCAGCAGCAGUUUGGUAAUGCAGCCCCUUAAAGCCAGCGCCAACCAAUCAGCUGUCCCUCGCAGCUCCCUUCCUCGCCCCGCCUCCUUUGUCGGAACAAGUGGAGUUCCUCGUCCCGGCAAAAUCGCCCAACCAACACGCAGUUUGCUGACUCCUCCAAAGAGCCUGGCUGCCCUGAGUGCCCUGAGGGACGGCAGCUGGAGAGACGGCUGCUACUGAACCCAAAUAAACUGACGCUCACGAGGUGCACAGGGUAACGCUGCAUGGGACCCAACUGAUUGAAAAUUUUGCCGUCAGGAGGGCCCAUUCUUGGGGCUGCGACCCAAGAGAGUGACUGUUAACAUUUCUGAAAAGCACUACACUUCACUGAAGGACGAAGUAAUGAGUGAAACCAGUAUGGGUCCAGCAGGCUGGAUCUUUACCUUACUACCUGCAGACUGACACACUAUGAAUCAACCUGGCAAUAUUCUGAUAAUAACUUGUUAAAUGUGAACUGGAUCUUCUUUGAUAUGUGUUUUUUGAGUUGUCGUUGUGGAUAGUUAAGGCUUUCAUUCAACAGAAUGAAAAUUUCUCUCCAGUUGAAAGAUUAGAACUAAAUAGGCCACGCUUUUGUACAUGCUUUUAAUGAUUUCUUAUGACUAAUUUUUUCGAUUAUUCAUUUUUGUCAGUCUGUGGUGUCAAAUAUGAAGUUGAACCUUGUGUUACAUCCCGUGCCUGUUUUAAAAGUAGUGAAAUUCAUGUCAGUUAUAUUUAUUGGCUGGACCUCGCAGCACUUUUAUCAAGUUUAAUUUUAAGUGAUUAACACGUUAAAAUAAAUGAUCCGCUCUGUUCCUUAAGUAUGGCAUCAUGUUGAAGUAAGUGUACACACAUUAUCUUUUAGCUUCUUCCUUUCCAUUAUCGUUUACACGAGAGCUGAGAUUUUUUAACGUUCUUUGGUAAACAUGAUCGCUGCAAUGAUAUUGCACAUAGAGUCCUGAUGCUUUUUAUGGAUGACAAGAAUUUAAAGAGGAGGUGAGUUUUUAAAGUGAAUAAAAGCCUUUCAAAAUA